AGGGGGGCUGCAAGCAAUCGAUCCGCGAGCGUACGCGAAAGCGUUCGCUGGAGUCACUUUCACUUUAUCGCUGGCAGUGCUGGUCCCGUUAUGAGCCGGAAGACAUACGCCACUUGCUUUUGCUAUCUCGAUCUCGUCUGCUGCAAGUACGUUACAGCUUCGAUAAGGCGCCCUCAGCUUCGUUUCUCAACCGCUCUCUGAGAAGAGGAAGAAGAAACGGGCCAUGCAUUCAUUCAAUGGCCGCGCGUCUUGAUCCAUGAGUUUAAGCAGCGCUAUAUAGCUUGGGCCCCUCUGGCGCGAUUUUUCCUGGUUGUCACUCGAAUUCUUGUGGCUACUCAGUGAAUAGAAGUCUGUGUUGGGUUCACGGGUGCGUGUACAAUUAAUUAUAUCACGAGAGACCCGAGCCGAUCGGCGCGCGAGCACCAUGGGUUCGAGAAACAAAGUCAGCCCGUUCAAGGACUUUAUCUCCGGUGGCUUUGGCGGAGUCUGUACGGUGGUCUCCGGGCACCCUCUAGACACCAUCAAGGUACGCCUACAGACUAUGCCGAAACCCGGUCCUGGAGAAAGCCCCCGCUACACAGGCACCUUUGACUGUGCCAAGAAAACGGUAGUGAAGGAGGGUGUCCUUGGGCUCUACAAAGGUAUGGCUGCGCCCCUCACGGGAGUGACGCCAAUGUUUGCUGUCUGUUUCCUCGGAUUUGGAAUUGGCAAGAAGAUCCAACAGAAGCACCCCGAGGAAGAGCUCACGUUGCCCCAGCUCUUUUUAGCUGGCAUGCUCUCUGGUGUCUUCACAACAGCAAUUAUGGCCCCUGGUGAACGGAUCAAGUGCCUUCUUCAGGUUCAGCAGGCCCAUGCAGACCAUGGAGGCAAAGCCCGGUUCGCUGGACCUGUGGACUGUGCCAAGCAGCUGUACCGCGAGGGGGGAAUCCGCAGCAUCUACAAGGGCACGGCCGCAACUCUUCUGCGGGAUGUGCCGGCCAGUGGCAUGUACUUUGCCAGCUACGAGUGGCUACAACGGGUGCUCACACCAAAAGGUGGCAGCCGCUCAGACCUGAGUGUGAAGGUGACCUUGUUUGCUGGCGGCAUGGCGGGCAUCUUCAACUGGCUCGUGGCCAUACCGCCCGACGUGCUGAAGUCACGGCUACAAACAGCGCCUGAAGGAAAAUACCCCAAUGGCAUCAGAGAUGUGUUCCGUGAGCUGAUAAAGCACGAAGGUGUCCGAGCCUUGUACAAGGGUGCCGCCCCAGUCAUGCUUCGAGCGUUCCCUGCAAAUGCUGCUUGCUUCAUGGGGUAUGAAGUUGCCAUGAAGUUCCUCAAUUGGGCGGCACCCAACUUAUGAAGAACAGCAGUGUGUUAAAACUUGGUCCACCCCCUCCCUUGUGCAACGAAACCGGUGUGAAUACAAGCUUCACCCUUAAAAGGCCAAGACUUGCUGUACUAAAGUCCAUCCAGUGCUGUACAUAAGCAUGAUGAACUCCUUUUAGACAUGUUAACUGUUGUCUGCUAGCAUGUGAAUUGAUAUGCUGGCUGUGUGGGUGGGCACAGAAGGUCUGUUAUUGUCAGUUUUAUUUAGAAUAGAUUUCUGGUUCAUACGUGUGCUUAUUGCUGCUUUGCCAGCCUGAAUCAUGAGAAAGCUAACGGAAAGGUUGUUGGUCUUGUUGAAAGUGCCGUUUUCCCGCGCUUUGUUAUGUUUGAGAAAAAAAGAAAAGUCACUGAGUGGAGAUAUUGUGCUGUCUUUGGUGACAUUAGUGGUGCUGAUGUGUUAGUUAGCAUACAAAAUGGUUACUGUUUUCUAUGUUUAGGCACCUUGAGAAAGAACAAAGGUUAGCUGACGGUAUGAUAUGGUUGUGUGACACUGGCUGUCAAGUGCCCCAAUCCUAGCUUGUUCGCAUACUAACUUAGCUAGAUGCCACAGUUGUUAAAUUUUUUUAUGUGGUCCAUGGAAGUAGAACACUACAACAGUUGGUGAGCAGCUCUGUCUUCGUGACGACUACAUUGAACUGCUGUUUUUACAUAGUCGCAUUCCACGAGGCUGCAGCUACGUGCACUUUGUAUAUUUUGCAAGUGAUUUGCUCAAAUGCAGUUCUGCUGUGCUAUUGUUAUGCUGGGACCACCUUUUUUUUUCGUUCCAGUUUAAGUACACCGCCCAUGGUAUGCCACAGGCUCUGUUGCGCAUAAAUGAAGUUUUUUUUUUUCUCGUUUUUUUUCUUCAUAAAUAGAAAAACAUAAGUGAUUGCCAAUUACCUGCAUUGUUGCAUUCCUGCGCGAUUCCAGCACAUUGUUGAGACCUCUGCCUUGGAACCUUAUGUGCAAUAAUGUGUCUCGAGUAUUGCUUAAACCUGUUGGCUUUCCUAUACUAUGCAAAGAGAUUAUGUACACUUCUAUGUAGUACGGUAUAAAUGCACACAAUUAUACUAUACUGUAUUGCCCACUGGUUGUCUUUUCAAUGUGCAGGUCUCUUCCUAGUAAUGCGCACUAACUUCCACUCCGUUGGGAUCAUACAAUAAAGCACCUGAUGUUCAGUAUAUAGAAUACAAAGUACAGUAUCUCUGAUGAGAUAAACAUUUUAGGGACCAUUAAAUAGUUUCCCAUAGAUUCGGUGUUUUUAUUGAGCUGAACAUCAGAGAGAGAGAGAGAAAGGAAAGACAUAUUGGUCAACCAGAUGAGUUUCUGAUCUAGUACCCUGAACUGGGGUGGGGGAAAUAGUGGUUGGGAAGAAAGGAGAGAGAGAGAAAGGACAAGGGAAAAAAGUUAGCAGGAAGGCAUUCCAAUUAGAGAUGUUCACACAGGCAGGUGGAUCUCUUGAAGCGCAGAAGCGCUUGCACGGCUUUCUGAUGCAAUGUUGAGUCCUGAGGAGGAGGAAGGAGGAAUAGACGCAUGGAAUGACAGGGAGGUUAACCAGUUCUCAGACCGGCUGGCUACCCUGUACACAUGGCAUGUACAAAGGUGCCUAUGAGCUAGCUUUGAAGAGAGUUGGUGUAGUAUUUUCAGGGAAGAUUGCAUUGAGAGAUACCAAAUCUAUGUACAUUCACGCACAAAAUAUUGUGGGACAAUCAAGUGCGUGGCUGCACACAAUGGAGCACCAGUGCAGCUGCCACGUAUCAAAGCAAACUUGUACAGGUACGUGUCUUCGUAUCUGCUACAUUGUUUGGGUGCACUGACAAAAAAGUUUACUGGGGUAGAUGGCACACCCACACCGAACUGGGCUCGAGGUGGUGAAAUCAUCCUUCCCUAUCGCAUGCAGUACACAAACGCAAGGCUCCCUUGCUGUGACAGUGAUAGGCUACUGAAAGUUAAGUUCACUAGACUGCAAUGACAAGCUUGGCAAACCCAAACAAUGUAGCACAUGAUGCAAAGCCAUGCCUCUAGGCCUGCACAGGUGUUUCAAUGCGGUGGCUGCACUGGCUUUCCAUGGAGCAUGGCCACGCGCUCACGUGUCCCACACUAUGUUGAGUGUACAAGCUAUAGUGUGUUGCAUUGCACAGAUGUGACAGUUUUGCCCCCACAUUCCAUGCGGGAAAAAUAAAAGUGAUAAAAUAUG